AUUAUCACUUUAUUAAAUAUAAAAUUCAAAUUUAAACAGUAUAAAAGAGACGUUGGAUUGUCGUUCCAUUUUCUUUCGUGGGAAAGAAACGGGAAAAUGGGAAAGGGAAGAAGAAAGAACAACAACAACACCGUCUCCCCCAAUCCCCAUGGCGACAAUUCUUCUUCUGUUGUAAUGUCCACAAGACAUGAAAAACCAGUCCAUUACACCCUGAAAAUCCAAUCAUUUUCAUUGCUGAAGAACGGUCUCGCUAGUUCCCAGCGUCAGAGAUUCGAAUCCCAGAAGUUCAAUGCCGGCUGUUAUGAAUGGAAAUUAGCUUUGUAUCCCAAUGGAGAUGAGAGAAGAAAUGUGUCUAAUCACAUUUCCCUCUAUUUGGUAAUAGUUGGAAAUAACAUUUUAUCAACUACUUCAGAGGUUAAUGUUGUGUUUACAUUUCUUGUUUAUGAUACCCUCAGAGGCAAAUAUUUGACAGUCCAAGAUGGGAAAAUGAGACGAUUUAGUGCAAUGAAGACAGAAUGGGGGAUUGAAAAGUUGCUUCCACUUGACACCUUCAAUGAUGCUUCAAAUGGUUUCUUGGUUGAUGAUUGUUGUGUAUUUGGAGUUGACAUUUUUGUCAUGAGUUGUGAUGGUGGGAUGGGGGAGGUCUUUUCCUUGAUCAAACAGCCAAAGAAUUACGAAUAUACAUGGAAACUCAACAACUUUUCACAACUAGGUUCAACUUUGAAGGAAUCUAAUCCCUUUACAGUGGAGAGCUACCGUUGGAAGAUCUUGUUGUAUCCUAGCGGAUGCUCGAAAGCAAAAUCAGGCUUCUUGUCCAUGUAUCUAUUGUUCGAUAGUUCAAAUCAGCUUCCACAAGGUUCUCAAGUAUACGUGGAAUAUGAGAUGGCUAUAUUGAGUCAACUUGAAGCUGUACCAGUAAAAGAAACUUAUAAUUGUUGGUUUGGAUUUGAUGGUGUAGAAGCUGGCAGAGGGUGGGGUGCUCCAAACUUCUCGUCAUUGAGUGAUCUCGAAGAACCAACAAAAGGGUAUCUUCUGAAUGACACUCUAGUUACUGAAGUGAAAAUUAAUGUCAUCUCUACUUUAAAGAAAAUUGUAUAGAAGCCAAAUACUGCUCCUUUUAGUUUGGUAAAAUUUAAGCUGCAACUUCCAGCUUUCGCCUGUUCUUUUUUUGUGGUUAAAUGUAUGGGAUUUCUUGUUCAAUGUUGCAUGCUUCUAUGAGUUUCGGAGUGUAUUUGGGAGCAAAAUAUUCUCAUGUUCUU